CGCCGUCUGGAUGCCCGCGCUUGUCACUGUCAUAGCGGUACCUCUUAAUCUUCACUGUGCCAUCUGCACUACACACAUCAACCAGCACGCGCCCCUUUGGCUCGAGUCAGCACACCACGUCUCUGGUAAACCAUGUUUCCCAGUGUAAAGGACCGAGCGCGGCAACUAUUUGGCGAGACUGCUAUUCCUGCAACCACUCCUCCGCCUCCAGUCGCCACUGGUAGGAGAGGCGCGUCAAAUAAUGCUGCUGCCACAUCCAAGCCGGCUCCAGAGCCAAAAACGCCCUUGAAAUCCUCCAGGGCAGACGUCAAGUCCAAGAAGGAAGCGCCGCCGCCAGUCGAAGAGCCACCAAGAGCCAUAGGCGCAUGGCCGAGUCCAUUUGAACAGUUCAAGGCGAGAGCAGCGCCGCCAGUAGCAAAGCCGACGCCGUCGACGCCAUCCAAGGCCGCUGCGUCAAAGGCAUCCAAACCGACCAAAGCCGCCUCCACUGUAUCAAAGACGGACAGGUCUUCAAAGGAAAAGGCUGACAAGUCUACCAAGCCUAGCGAAAAGAAGUCGCGACCAAAGUCUCCCCCGACUCUCAAGGCAGCGGCACCACCAAAGAAAGCCCCAGAACCCAAGAUCGUCGCCAAAAAGAAGACCGAGUCGAAACCUGCGCCCGAACCCAAAAAGUCGCGCCCCAGACUCCAGACACGUAUAUCAUCUCGAUCCAAAGUCCAACACAGCUCGUCCUCUUCCUCGCUCGACUCGGACUCUGAGUCGGACUCGGAUGAGUCAGAUGAAGAAGAAGACCUGCGUGAGGCCUGUCUGCGCGAAGUCCACAAGGUCACUGCCCUCAAAGGCAAGAGCCUUGCAAUUUCCCUGCGACAGCGAUCCUCGGGCGGUUGGUACGCCGCACUGAAAGAUGUCGGUGCCGACAAAUACCUCAAGAUGUGGAUGAAUCGCGACAAAACGUUUGCGACGCAGGACGAGGCUUUGGAAGCCUACCUUGUCUUCGUCAAGAAGAUGAGCAAUGAUAUGAAGCUCUUUGGGCCUAUGAGCCCGAAACCAGGAAGGACCAAGGGCUUCUUCUCAUAGUCCUUUUACUCUUCCGAGCAUGCGACCGAGACGUGCCUGUGCAAGCAUGUCACUGUACUAUAUGUAACACCACCACCUUUCUAUUGCUCCUAGAUCGGGCACUUUUAAUGAGCGAGGCGUUUCUGGUUUCCAGAUGCGCCAUCCGAGCGCUUGCUCGCUUUCUUGCUGUAAGAUAUAUACGAUCCCGCGAGGUAUGCUUUACUGUUUUGGAGUUUACGCAUUGGCAUUAAAGAACUGGAUGAGAACGCGACAAUGUUGCGCGGCAGACUAUUGGGCUGGUUCGAGGUAUACCCC